AUGGCAAUUACUUCCUCUUUCCAAGAAACACCUGUAUUGCUUCUACCCAGGUUCCACCGCAUGGUUGAUUCUUCUACAUUACGCUUGGAAUUUAUCAACUCUGUAAUCCUGUUUCUGAGUAACCAUAACUUUGAUGGGCUGGAUAGCUGGAUUUACCCAGAUCUGAAAGACAACACUUGUUUCACUGUGCUGAUUCAUGAGUUAGCAGAAGACUUUCAGCAGGACUUUGUAAAAUCCACCAAAGAAAGGCUUCUCUUGACUGCAGGAGUUUCUGCAGGGAGGCAUAUGAUUGACAACAGCUAUCAGAUCAAGGAAUUGGUAAAAGAACUGGAUUUCAUCAACCUCCUGUCCUUUGACUUCCAUGGGUCUUGGGAAAAGCCUCUCAUCACUGGCCACAGUAGCCCUCUGAGAAAGUAGCAGCUGGACAGAGGGACAAGCUCCUACUACAAUGUGGAAUAUGCUGUGGGAUACUGGAUAAACAAAGGGAUGCCUGUGGAGAAGGUGGUCAUGGGCAUCCCAAUGUAUGGACGUUCCUCUACACUGGCCUCUGCAGAAAACACCUUGGGGGACCCUGCCUCUGGUCCUGGGGCUGCUGGCCCCAUCACCAAGUUUUCAGGCUUCCUGGCUUAUCAUGAGAUCUGCCAGUUCCUGAAAGGGGCCAAGAUCACGAGGCUCCAGGAUCAUCAGGUUCCCUAUGCAGUCGAGGGGAACCAGUGGGUGAGCUAUGAUGAUGUGGAGAGCAUGGAGACCAAGGUUCAGUUCCUAAAGAAUCUAAACCUGGGAGGGGCCAUGAUCUGGUCCAUUGACAUGGAUGACUUUACCAGCAAAUCCUGCAGCCAGGGCCCCUACCCCCUCGUUCAAGCUGUCAAGAGAAGCCUUGGCUCCCUAGGAAGAUAA